AUGGCACGCACCGCCGUCGCAUUCGACCUGUACGGCACCCUGCUGUCCACCGAGUCCAUCGCACGACACCUCGCGCGUCUGUAUGGAGAUGAGAGGGCCAAGGCCAUCGCCGCACAGGCGAGGCGGUAUCAGCUCGAAUACACGUGGCGCAUCAACAGCAUGGGCGCAUAUCGCUCAUUCAGCGACCUGACGAGGUGGUCAUUCCGGCAAGCCACCGCAGAGGCCGGUGUACAGCUCACACCGGAGCAGGAAGAGGAGAUCAUGGACGCUUACAACGGCCUCGACACCUUUCCCGAGGUCGGCAAGGCGCUCACCACGCUGGCCGAGACGCCUUCCUUAGACCCGUACAUCUUUUCCAACGGCACCGUCUCCAUGAUCACGUCGUCUCUCAAGACGUCCCCGUCGCUGGCGCGCGCGAGCAACGUGCUGCCACCGGCCAAGGUGGUCAGCGUCGACCCCCUCAAGGUCUUCAAGCCGGACCCGCGGACAUAUCAGCACAUGGCCAAGACAGCCGGCUUUGAGGGCCAGCUAGGCAGUGUCUGGCUCGUGAGCUCGAAUCCGUUUGAUGUCGCGGGGGCGGUGGCGGCAGGACUCAAGGCCGCGUGGGUUGAUCGGGCUGGAGGCGGCUGGGUGGACGGGCUGGGCGGCGCCACAGACAUCAAGCCCACGGUGAUAGUCAAGGGCGUGGAUGAGGCGGUCGGCCAGAUUCUGCGUCUGUCGGCCUGA